GUUUCAGGUAAAGGAGGUAUUACUAUUAUUAUUAUGUAUAUUAAUCACUGCCUCACCUGAGAAGACGGCAGGACACACUCCGGCGAGGUGGGCAACAAUCGGCCGGAGCGUUAGGCUAAGUUCAUAUGAUCGCGCGGUACCGCGCGUCACCGCGCGGUGGAAGCAUUCAGAUGACAGAAUAUGUACGCGCGACAGUCUGGCAUCAACAUUGAUUGAGAAUGGACGUGGAAGAGGCAAUUUGCUUAUUAAUUUUAUACCGAAAACUGAGACGUCGGAGAAGAAGACAAAGACGAUACUGGGUGCAUCCUAUUUUACGUGAAAGGCUUUCCUCAAGUCUUUUUGUAACUUUAUAUCCCAAACUGAGACUACACGAAGAAAAAUUUUUUAACUACUUUAGAAUGUCAGUUGCAUCUUUUGAUUUUUUAUAUGAUUGCGUUGAAAACUAUUUAAAACCCAGAGAUGGUGCUAUAAGAUAUUGCAUAACCCCAAAAGAAAAAUUCAUAGUAACAUUAAGGUAUUUAGCAAGUGGUUGUUCAUUAGCAGAGUUGCAGUAUGGUUAUAAAAUUGGCAAAUCUACGUUAUCGGCUAUAAUUAGACAAGUGUGCCAAGUAUUAUGGAGAAACUUGAAAACUAUGGUCAUGAGUCCACCAACUAAGGAGAUGUGGAAACAAAUAUCUGCACAAUUUGAAAAUAAAGCCUAUUUUCCAAAUUGUAUAGGUGCUUUGGAUGGCAAACAUGUUCGUUUAAUUCAACCACCAGAAUCAGGAUCUAUGUAUUACAAUUACAAACACUUUUUCUCGUUAGUGUUAAUGGCUUUGUGCGAUGCUAACUAUUGUUUCAUAUGGGUAGACGUUGGAGCUUAUGGAAAAGACAGUGACUCGGGUGUUUUCAAGGAAACAUCACUAUUCAAAAAACUCUUAGAUAAUUUGCUAAGCAUUCCCGAGCCAAGAUCUAUCACAAACAACGAGAACGAUGCAUAUAAAUUGCCAUAUGUAAUUGUAGCUGACGAAGCUUUCGGCAUUACAAAAAAUCUGAUGAGACCCUAUGGAGGUAAAAUGUUGUCAAAAGAAAAAAGAAUAUUUAACUAUCGUCUUUCUUUAGCACGAAGGUAUGUCGAAUGUACAUUUGGCAUAAUGUGUAACAAAUGGCGAAUUUUGCACCGGUCAAUAGACGUCAAGAUAGAUUUUGCCAGUGAUAUUGUCAAAGCCAUUUGUGUUUUACACAACUAUGUUAGAACAAGAGAUGGUAUAAAACAGGACGACAUGAUUUAUCCAGCGCCAUAACUUAAUAUGAAUCCAACUAACAGUGGACGAGCAAUGCACGAAGCAGAUAAUGUUAGAACUAAAAUAACAAAUUACUUUGUAAAUGAGGGAAAAUUAGAUUGGCAAGAAAAAAUGGUGUAAUACGCUUGUUAUUGAUACCAAUUAUUUUAUAAAUAUAAUGUGCCAAAAAAAUAAAACUAAUUUAUAAAUAAAACUUACCCAAGUUCUUCUUUUUUUCUUCAGAAUCAUUAUUAUUGCAAAAAAUUAAAACUAAUUCUUCCCAAGACCUUCUUUUUAUUAUUUUAUUUGAAUAAUUCUUAGAGUUAUUUAAUUUAUUAUUAUUUAACAAUGCAUUGUGAGGGUUGCACUACAAAAUUAUGCAAGGAAAAAUUUAAGUGCAAUAAAUGUGCUUCAGAAUACUGCUUUGAUUGCCUGAAUAUUGCUCCCGCUUCAAGGAAACAAUUAAGCGCUAAGCAAAUUGCGUCUUUAAGCUGUCCUUCUUGUCAAAACGUUACGAAACGUAAAACUAACUGCAAUACUCCGAUCCACAAGCGUCCUGAUUUGAAUGACACUGUCAAUGCUUCUUCCUCUUUUACUUCCUACGACUCGACUGCAGUGGAUGCUUCCUCGGACAUGGAAUCGAUCAGCGGACAAGUGACCUUGGAGAGCAUAGGGCAGCUUCUCGAUAUGAAACUAGCGCCUGGCUCUUCGUUCAUGACUCAUUUGCGAUCCUCGCUUAGGAAGGAUAUCACAGAAAUGGUGUCUCAGGAGGUUAAUCGUGCUGUUGAGGGCUUGAGAGUGGAUUUCUCGCAAACGACGGAUUUCAUGUCUGCUGAGCAGAAAAGUAUCCGAUCCAAAA